AUGGCGCCACGAUACGCCCUUUCAAGUUCGGAGCCCGAGUCGGAAGCUGAAUCUGCGUCUGGUCGACCCGCCGAUGAUGUCUUGGAGAAGGCACUGCGUGAUGCGGUUACGCAGGUGUACAAGUCGGGCAAGAUGGAGGAAUUGACGGUGAAGCGGGUGCGGCUAGCUGCGGAGAAGGAGCUCCAGUUGGAGGAGGGCUUUUACAAGACUCAGGGGGAUUGGAAGACAAGGAGUGAGCAGAUUAUCAAGGAUCAGGUGGAGGAGGAAGAGAAAGCUACCCAGGAGCCUGUGCCGGAUGACGAGGAAGAGGCCGCUUCAUCUGCCUCCGAAGACGCAAAGCCUGCCAAACGAGCGAGACCAGAGAAGCCAUCGACAUCGCGCAAGCGUCACAAGAAAAGCGCUUCGGAAUCCGAUGGCGGAGAUGCAGCCAACGGAUCACCAGACGAGGAUGAAGACAAGGUAGAAAAGGUCCCGAAGAAACAGACCAAGGCAACACCAAAGAAGCAGCAAUCACCUAAAACUUCUGAAGACUACGUUCAAGAUUCGGACGAGGAAGAAGGGGCAAAGCCAGAGAAAGCCGAAGAAACGCCAAAAGACGACUCUGAGAGCGAACUUUCAGUUGUCCUCGACGAGGAGCCUAAACCGAAGCCGAACCGCAAGCGACAGAAAAGUGCCGAGGCACCCCCGCGCAAGGGCAGGAAACAGACCACGGCAAAGGGAAAGGAUGCGGAUAUUGACCCGAACCAAGCAGAAAUCAAGCGGUUGCAAGGCUGGCUUUUGAAGUGCGGGAUCCGCAAGAUGUGGGCACGGGAGCUGGCUCCCUACGAUACGCCCAAAGCGAAGAUCAAUCACCUCAAGGGCAUGCUGAAAGACGCAGGCAUGGAGGGUCGCUACUCAGUUGAGAAGGCUAAUCGUAUCCGCGAGGAGCGUGAACUCAAAGCUGAUCUGGAGAUGGUCCAAGAAGGAGCCAAGCGAUGGGGUAAAGAAAGCGGCAGCGAGAACAGUGAUGAUAGUCGACCAAAGCGGCGGCUGAAUCGCGGGCGGAAGAGUCUGGCCUUUUUAGAGAGCGAGGGAGAGGAAACGGACUGA